GUCCUUGACUCGAGCUGGACAUAACCAGCUUUUGUUAGGCCCCAAAAUCAGGGUCCCCAGCUUCUCUGUAACAUGUCCACUCUGUGACACCAUUGUGUUUCCUCACCAGAUUCCAGCUUCCUCCUGGUGAGCUUCCAUUCUUUCCGUCGACAAACAAAGUAGUACCCAAUCUCGGGCUAUCUACGCUUCUUGUUGUCGCCGAGUCUCACUUGCAUACUCGCAUUCCAUUCCAGCCAGCGCCGCCGCUGCGAUUCCCGGCUGGCAGCUCGCCCCCAUCGCCAUCAUGGCCCCGGCAGAUACACUGUCCCCGCCGGGGUCCAGCUCAUAUUCCUCGGAUACCAUGGUAGUCGGAGACGGAACAUGGGAUUUCACCAAGAACACCUUCCUCCUUCCGAACUUGAUGGGGCUGAACUUUGAGACUAUGCGAUAUAAUGGCAUGGGGAACCGUUUCUCGACCUUGACACAGUAUCACAGCAUAAUUACAGCACACGGAGUCCUCGCCGCCAUCACAUUCCUCUUCAUCAUCCCCAUCUCCGUCCUGAUCAAGAGGUUCCGCAGGGCCAGCCGAGAGUCCACUACAAGACACCACGCCUACCUUCAGGUUCUCGCCGUCGGGCUCACCACCGUGGUCUUCAUCCUCGGCUUCCUCGCCGUGGGGCCGCCGCGCAGCCUGACGAACCCCCACCAUGGCAUCGGAGUGGCCAUCUACGUCCUGAUCCUCCUCCAGGCCAUUGGCGGCCGCCUUAUCAAAAACAUUCGAGGCCGCUCGCUCAGAGUCCACCUCCACCGGUGGUCGGGGAGGACCAUCGGCCUGCUUGGAAUUGCCCAGGUGCCGUUGGGUCUCACCCUGUACGGCUCUCCCAAGUAUACAUUCGUCCUCUUCGCCCUGUGGAUGGCGUUCCUGGUCCUCUUGUAUUUCAUCCUGAGCUACAGGCAUGACGGGGAGCGGGACUACCUCGUCAGCGGCGGACGGUCUGAGGGCGGUCGCAGCCGUGUGCCAGACCGCAAAUCCAGUGGCGGCGUAUUCAAGUGGCUCGCUCCUCUGGCUGCAGGUGCCGGCGCCAUCGCGCUCCUCAAGGGUCGGAGCAAGAACAAGGAUCAAGAUCGAGAUCGCGAUAGGAGUCGCAGCCGCAGCCACAGCCGCAGCCGGUCCCGUGUACGGAGUCGAAGCCGAGGACACGAGGUUAUACGGUCGAGACGAGGAUCCCCCAGCUACGUCGAGGAUGAAAAAUAUUCUGAGGCCCCACGAAAGGAAGGCGGGUUCAUGAAGAAGGCUCUCGGCGUCGGCACAGCGUUGGGCGCCGGUGCUUUGGCUGCGAGGUUCCUUGGCCGCCGCGACAAGCAGAGCCACGACGAGGAGUACUCCGCCGUGGCGACCGACACGCCAAGCCGGCCAAGCAGGUUAAGGAGGCAUCGUCCAGCAGCGAGCGAGUUCAGCGACUACACCGAAGAUCCGAGGGACGGCGGGAGACGGUCACCCUUGCUCCCGCCCCCCCACUCUGGCCUAGAUACCACGGUAUUGAGCGCCACGGAGCCACGCCGCCACCCAUCAAGGCCGAUGGCCCCGCGACGGUCGCAUCCAGGCCACUCGAGGGUAGACAGUGCUUACGAUGAUUCCGAAUAUUCUUCAUACGUCAGCCCCUCCCGGAGAACUGAGAAGAAGGGUGGUGGCAUGGCCAAGGGGCUACUUGCCGGUCUGGGGAUGGGUUGGCUUGCCAAGAAGAUGACGGAUAUGCGGGGUGGAAGGGAAGAUGAUAGGUCGCGGUAUGAGGAAGACGAUAGGCGAUCUGGCCGCCAUGGAUCUAGGUAUACCGCCGACUACCCAUCCCCGACCCGCAGACCGUCCCGACGACCGACAGGACGCCCUGUACCGCCUCCAUCGGGCAUUACGACGACAGCUUCAGGACUCUCGGAAGAGUCUUCUAUGGUCGAGCCUCAUCCACCGCGAGGCGGCUAUGUGGCUCCUCGCCCGGGGUCGCCUCCAGCGGGGAACGGCUCACAACCCUUACCCUUUCCCGUAACCCCGCCAGCUCGCAGAACGUCUCGUUCGGGAUCACACUCGAGGUCCGGGCCUUUGGAUCCCGUUUCGAUGCCACCUAUGCCUCCGGAUGUGCACGAGGUCCUCCACGACGGCUCUUCAGUGGGACGGCCGCAAAGACGAGGAUCGUCACGCAGGCGCCGAGACGGAGAAGCUGCAGCUGCCGCGGCGGUGGCCGCCGCUAGCCGCUUGGCAGAUGAGGAAGGACGGCGGUCAGGCGGGUCAAGGGCAACGGAGCCCGGCCAGCCCGUCAGUGUGAGGGUCAGGUUGCACGAAGACAGAGAUAGGAACAUCACACUGCGGCGGCUGACAGAGGAGGAGCAGGCGGCGGCGGCAAGGCGGGAGCAGCGCCGCCGCCGCAAUGGCUCGGUGAGUAGCCUGUCUGGGGACGAAUCGCCCUCGAGCCGUCGCUACCGGAGAGACCCGAGCAGCCAGCGGAGAGCGGAAUCGGCAGCGGAGAGGGCGGUAGGAAGCGAGCCCCCAGCGCCGCUCUCGCCGCCGAACCCCGCAUUCGCCAGGGGCAGGCGGCCGAAGGAUUCGGCGUACUACUCCGGCCAACCGGGACCGUCGGGCGGCGCGCCAGCCGCCGGGGCGACGGUGUCGAGCCUCGGCAGUCUCGCCAGCCCGGGGAGCCAUGGCACGUGGAGCGCGGCGAGCCCGUCACCCAGCGGGCCUGGUCAGGACCCGGCGGAUCGGAGGAGGAGGAGGAGGAUGGAGAGGAGGGACAGCAGCAGGCAAAGUCACACUGUUGAGUUUACAUAGGGCUGCACACCGAGGAGCUCCUGGCCUCCCUCCUUCUUUGCUCCCUUUUUACCUUAUUUUCAUUUCUCUCUGGUCUGGCAUGGAAUUGCAUUUCCGGGGAAAUUCUUACCCGCGGCGUUUUGCAAAGGGAUGCAAUUGCAUAUGGGACCAGGGGCCAAGGACCGGGUUCAGAUACAUUCGACGACUUGUUUGACGACACUGUAACGGGAUGUUUGAGUUGAUUAAUGUCUCAUGGUUUCGAGUUUUGUGGGGAUACUUGUUUUUGUUAGAUUUGUCCAAGUAAUGAGAAUGCUUAUGUCUGAAGAUACUGGAAGAGUGAGUGAGUGUCUUGUCU